GAGGUCUUUGAUCGCCUCUAUUUGAUUUAUACUGUUGGAUACUCCAUCUCUCUGGGAUCCCUCACAGUUGCUGUCCUUAUCCUGGGAUACUUCAGACGUUUGCACUGCACUAGAAACUACAUCCACAUGCACCUGUUUGUUUCCUUCAUGCUGAGAGCCAUGAGCAUCUUCGUGAAGGACGCAGUCUUGUACUCCGGGUCAGCUUUGGAGGAGAUGGAACGGAUCUCAGAGGAAGACUUGAAAUCCAUUACUGAAGCACCUCCAGCUGAUAAAUCACAAUUUGUGGGCUGUAAAGUAGCGGUUACCUUCUUCCUCUACUUCCUGGCAACCAAUUACUACUGGAUUCUGGUGGAAGGGCUCUAUCUCCACAGCCUCAUCUUCAUGGCAUUUUUCUCAGAGAAGAAGUAUCUUUGGGGAUUCACAUUAUUUGGCUGGGGACUCCCUGCUGUAUUUGUUACAGCGUGGGCCAGCGUGAGAGCCACUCUAGCCGACACAGAGUGUUGGGACUUGAGUGCUGGCAAUUUAAAAUGGAUUAUUCAGGUGCCCAUCCUGGCAGCUAUCGUGGUAAAUUUUAUUCUUUUUAUCAACAUUAUCAGAGUCCUAGCAACCAAGCUACGAGAGACGAAUGCAGGGAGGUGUGACUCAAGACAACAGUACAGGAAGCUGCUGAAAUCUACCCUCGUCCUUAUGCCUCUGUUUGGCGUUCACUAUAUUGUUUUCAUGGCUAUGCCAUACACAGAUGUGUCAGGGAUUCUUUGGCAAGUUCAAAUGCACUAUGAAAUGCUGUUCAACUCUUUCCAGGGAUUUUUUGUUGCCAUCAUAUACUGUUUUUGCAAUGGAGAGGUCCAAGCAGAAAUAAAGAAGUCAUGGAGCAGGUGGACAUUAGCACUUGACUUUAAAAGGAAAGCACGAAGUGGGAGCACAACCUACAGUUAUGGACCAAUGGUUUCCCACACCAGCAUCACAAAUGUAGCCACAAGAGGGGCACUUGCCCUCCAUCUUAAUACGAGACUUAUACCAGGGACCCUCAAUGGACACCGGAAUUUGCCAGGUUAUGUAAAAAAUGGCUCCAUUUCUGAAAACUCCAUGCCUUCUUCUGGACCAGAGCAAUACAACAAAGAUGAGGAGUACCUGAAUGGCUCUGGGCUUUACGAUGGAGACAGACCCACAGUACUUGUUGAAGAAGAGAGAGAGACAGUGAUGUAAAAAAAGAGGAGGAGAAAAAAAGAAACAAAAGGAUGAAAAAGAUUCCUGGAGAGCAUUUAGUGGGCAAAAGAAUAUCAGGCCACGCACUGGAUGCCAAGGGUUUCCAUAUGGUUUCUCUGUUCUGUGGAACAAGAGGUUAAGUUAUAUGG